GCGUUGGAGAAAGGCGACGGUCAAAUAGAGGUUACUGUGGACAGCACAACUUACUCUACCUUCUCGGCUCAGGUUCGUUCGCGCUUUGCUCGAAAAAUUGCCGACAGUCACCUGUGGACGUCAGUGUUUGGAAAAGCAUGCAGCAGCACCUUCACACGUGUGCAAAGAGCUUCAUGUUGUCUUUCAGUUUUGUUUAGUGCAAUGAUAGCUAAUGCCAUGUUCUAUAACACUGGUGGCGAAUCCGAUGGUGCUAUUCAGGUUGGGCCUUUUAAGUUUUCUUGGAAACAGAUAGUCAUCGGAGUACAAAGUGGCAUUAUCAUUGCACCUAUAAACAUAAUAAUUGCUUUCCUGUUUAAGUCUAGCAGACCGAGGAAGAAAAGCAGUGAAAAAUACCAAGUGACAGACGAGGCCCAACGACUUUUGGAUGAAAUAACGGACACUGGUUGUAUGCUACCUCAUUUCUUUGUCUAUGUAGGCUGGUUACUCUGCUUCUGUACGACUAUGGCGGCAGCAACGUUUACGCUGUUUUACAGUCUAAUGUGGGGAAAGGAAACCUCUGAGCAGUGGCUUGCUUCCAUCUUGAUCUCCAAUGGACAAGAUAUUUUCGUUGUACAACCCACGAAGGUAAUGAUAGCAGUCAUCGUUAUAUCCUUUCUCCUGAUCAGAAAGAAUAAAAUCCAAUAUGAAGAAGAAAAAGAGGAAAUUGCAAUCGAUCCACUAGCAAUUGAAAUAGACUUUUUAAGUGACGAUCCCAAACAGCGAUUUAAGAAAUGUCAGCGUGAAAAGAUGAGGGAGAGGUCAAAAAAGGAAGCUCAGUUAACAACCAUGACAAGAGACAUUAUCCUUCAUCUGAUAUUUGUGUUUCUUCUGGCCAUCGUUUCUUAUGGAAACAAGAAUGGAAAUCGUUUCCUGAUGACAACUGAGACGAGAAAUCGAUUCGCUAAAUUCAAUGUGGUAUCUGAUGCACAAAGAUUUGAAGCCUGGUUAAGGAACGAGUUCCUAUCAAACAUUUAUAAUCAGGUUCCUGCCAAUCCUUUCCUAAAAUCGUCUCAACUUGCUAUUACGACUACUCCUCAGAUAGUGAGGACACUACUUUCCUAAGCCUUCCUGGCUGGAGGCCUCUUCCCUUCAACACAUCGUGGCCAAAUGCUUUACAAAUGUGCCCAAAACCUUGGCGAUACCAAUC